CCGCGGGCACUGGGUCAGACAUCGGAUCGUCUGACUGGACAGCGGGCAUCGGGUCACCAGGGAUCAGGUCAUUUGGCUCGACAGCGGGCACCGCGUCAUCUGGCAACAGGCACGACAGUGGGCACCGGGUCAUCAGGUACCGGAUUGUCUGGCUCGACAGCGGGCAUCGGGUCACCAGGUAUGACAGCGGGCACCGGUCACCAGGCAUUGGAUCGUCUGGCUCGACAGUGGGCAUCGGGUCACCAGGCAUCAGGUCAUUUGGUGGCUCGCCAGCGGGCACCGCGUCAUCUGGCAAGGCAGUGGGCACCGAGUCACCAGGUACGACAGCGGGCUCUGAGUCAAUUGGCACGACAGCGGGCACCGGAUCAGGUACCGGAUCAUCUGGAUCAACAGCGGGCAUCGAGUCAACUG